CCGUCUUCUCUCUGGGUUUCCUAAAACCCUUAAAAUCAAAUUGGGGAAGGACAGAGAAAAGAAGACUUUGGGGAAGAAAGUUAAGCUUUGAAUACCCAGAAACAGAGUGGAGAAUAUGUGGUUAGCGGGGUUGGUGAAGAACAGCGUAAAGGGAGGGAAUGGCGGCGUUGGGAGUCUACUGGUUCGAUACAUGUCGAGAACUAGGGCAGUAAAUGUGAGAAAGAUCAAUCCAAAAGUACCCAUUCCGGAAGCUAAAUCCAUCGCCAGUUCCCUUUAUGACCUCAUCAAGCAACGUGGUCCUCUCACCGUUCCCAACACUUGGACUCUCGCCCAGGAAGCUGGAAUUGGUGGAUUAAACAGCAGAACACACAUGAAGAUAAUGCUCAAAUGGAUGAGGGGAAGAAAAUUGUUAAAGUUGUUCUGCAACCACGUUGGGUCCAACAAGAAAUUUUUGCACUGUACGCUUCCAGAAGAACCUCAAACUGAACAAUUAGAAAGCCUUCCAGAGCCUGUACUGCAAACAAAGAAGAAGCCUUCUGCUAAGAGAAAGAAGAAAACUAAAAAAUGAUUUAUAAUGGUUCUUUUGCAUGCAAUCAAAUUUGCUGCUAUACAAAGAUCCUGUGGGAAUUCGAGUCUUACGUUUUGGCUGAAUGCCUCUAUCGUAUUUUAUCUGCUCCUUUACCUUACUUAGGCAUUUAUUUUGCAGGUUCCUUCUUCCUUUUUCUCAUUAGAAUCAUCUGAAAACAACCAUGAUGAGUUUAAUCGGAUCUGAUGGACUGAAAGAUGUUAAAGCAUGUUUGCCUGGUUAAUAAUGUUUAUGUGCCUGCUGACUGUUAUUUGA